UGCCUACAUAUAUAUGUAUUCCAACAUCAGGGCUUGGCCAUGACCUUUCGAUAAACUCAUUACAACACUGGCCAGGGCCUGCCUCGGCUGCCUGGCUAGGUCCUGGUUUCAAGCUAUGGCCAUCUAGUGGUCAUUUUUUGUCAGGGUCGUCUGUUUGAGUGGAAUUAAUGUGUAUUCCAACCUUAGAUAAAUUAUUGUACACUUUAUUAUUGUCAUAUUUAAUAUUUAAUUAAGUGGAAUUAAUCUGUAUUCCAACCUUAGAGAAAUUAUUGUACACUUCUUAAUUGUUCUAUUCAAUACUUAUUUAGCACCAGUAGCAAGAACAGGAGGUUAAAAAAAUGUAAUACCUUAUUAUCCAAGCCCCUACAAGUCAUUAUAUGGCUCACUGAAAGCUACAAUGUAAUGCCAAGUAUCAUCGAAUCUUUUUUAAAUCCAAGAUAUAAUCGUUGAUGGUUGGAAAGUAGUAAACAUAAGAUAUGAGAGAAAAAUGAUUUCAAGGAAAAACUCAUUUUUGUUUGUUCAAUGUCGACCUUGUUUCUUAUUGACACAAAAGUAACUGUUGAAGUUUGAAUGUAACAUUUUUUUAGCAAGUAGUAAAUUAAUUUUUCAAUAAUUAUGUCGAAAAGAUAUUUCUACAAACUCAAGUUGCUGAUGUAAUGCAUUUUAUUAAAUGAAGUUAGGUAGUGGAGUUAACCAUGUAUGCUGUUAGUGAAUAACCAUGUACUGCCAAGAUAAAGGUUCAUCUACAUCUAAAGUAAAAGAAGCAAUAUCAAAAGAUGAAGCUGAUGAUGCAAUAAAUAAAGGAUCACUACCGUACAAUGGGUAUUCUGAAGAGUUUUUGGACUGUUUAGAACACAAUGGCAAUAUUAGCACAAGUAAAGAAAGACGUUAUGGUUUGUUCAUGUCCUUUACUAGCAAAUAUCAUAAUAUGUUAUUUUCAGACUGGUCUGGUAUUGGUGAACAUGAUCGAGUUCGUAGACAACUCUCUGUUUCAAGUGAUUCCAAACUUCUUGAUGAGGAUAUUAGAGAAGAAGCGAAAGUUAUUUUACGACCACGGCGACCUCCAAGACCAAAAUCAGAAGUUUUUCUUGGACCUAAUCCACCACUUAGACGAACCAAAAGAUUUUCAGCAUUUGGUGGUGAUUCUCCGUUUGGAAAAUCCGAAGCUUAUAUUAAAUUAGAACAAUUAGGUGAAGGCUCAUACGCAACUGUUUUUAGAGGUUUUAGUCAAUUAACAAACCAGGUUGUGGCUUUGAAAGAAAUAAGGUUACAAGAAGAAGAAGGAGCACCUUUUACUGCCAUUCGUGAGGCAAGCUUACUUAAAGAGUUGAAACAUAAUAAUAUUGUCACUCUGCACGACAUUAUUCACACUCGAGAAACUUUAACUUUCGUUUUUGAAUAUGUGUAUACGGAUCUCUCUCAGUAUAUGGAAAGACACAGUAGUAUAGGUCAAGGUCUUGAUCCACAUAAUGUUAAACUGUUUUUAUUCCAACUUCUGCGUGGACUGGCUUAUUGUCAUCAACGGAGAGUAUUACAUCGGGACGUAAAGCCACAAAAUCUUUUGAUCAGUGAAAUAGGAGAAUUAAAACUUGCAGAUUUUGGUCUAGCUAGGGCAAAAUCUGUCCCGUCGCAUACUUAUUCGCAUGAAGUUGUUACUCUUUGGUAUAGACCCCCAGAUGUGUUACUUGGUUCUACAGAAUAUUCUACUUCAUUAGACAUGUGGGGUGUAGGAUGCAUUUUUGUAGAAAUGUUAACAGGAGUCCCCACUUUUCCUGGAGUUCGAUGUACUUACGAUCAAUUAGAUAAGAUUUUCAAGAUUCUUGGAACACCUACUGAAGAAACCUGGCCAGGGGUUACACGAUUGCCAGGAUACAAGCCUAACCGAUUUGCCUUUUAUCCACUAAAAAAGCUUGGAAUUUCAUUCCCGAAAUUAUACGAUGUAGCUGACGUUGAUAACAUGGCAUCAUCACUUUUGCAACUGAAUCCAGAUAAUAGGAUUGGUGCUCAUGAUGCUUUACAUCAUCCUUAUUUUUCUUCGUUGCCAAUCAAAAUUUAUGAGUUACCAGAUGGAGCUCAUCUAAAGUAUGGCAUUGCCAAUACGGCAUGGGUUCAAGUCGUCUUCAAGUCAGCUUUUCAGAAGAUGAAUCUGAUUAGGAUUUAUUUUCAAGGCACUGCUUGUCAGGGUAACAUUGGUUUAAGUUUUGUUCAGCACCUGGGGAAGGAAGCAAGAACUCUCAUUUGUACUAAUUAUGUUCCUGAUCCAGAACUGCCACGGCAAUCUAGUGUGCAUCCAACAUGGGCAAGCACAAAGAGUUACUCGGGCUUAGUGCUUGCCCUGGUGGCAGGUGCCACUAAGUAG